GACAUUGAUUAUGGUGUUGAUCCCAAUCACAUUUAUCCCAAAACCUCUAUCAAAUACCAAAAAAGUCGGCUGUCCAUUUGUUCCAAGAGAAAUCAUUUUAUCAUGUCAAGACCUUAUGGGCCAUAUGUCCACUCUCUACUGUACUCUGCCACCAGUGAUUCGUAUCCAAGAUGUCCCUAUGACAUCUCCUUCAUUUUUGACAACUUUAAACUCCUUGGAGUGCUGGAUUUGGAAUGCAUCAAUAUGGGGAAUUCUUUCCCCACUGGAGUACUAGUGUUGGCUGGUCUGAGAUUUUUAGCUCUUUGUGGCGAUGUAGAUAGUAUUCCAGAUUCAAUAUCGCAUCUCAGGGAUCUUGAGACUUUGAUUGUCAAGGGAUUAAAAGGUAAAGUUCUACUACCUUAUACUCUUUGGAGUAUGGAAAAUUUGAGACAUCUCCAUGUCAAUAAUUAUGCUGCCAUCACCUUGGAAGAUGAUGAGAGCAUAAUUAUUUCCCAAGUAAUUAAUCUGGUCAGUUUUUCCUCUCCGUAUCUCCUUUGUUGUGAAGGUACAGAAAAUAUCAUGAGGAGGUUGCUCAAACUUCAAAAACUGAGAUGUCUGUUUUCUGAAUUACGUGAUGAUACUGGGAAGUGCAAUCAGUUUCCAAUACUGAAUUUUCUGACAGAGCUUGAUUCCCUCAAUAUACUUUACUCGGGCAGGAUUGCUCCUCCUUGUAAAUUUGACUUGCCAUUGAAUCUCAGGAAGUUAACUCUGUCAAAAUUUCGCUGCCAUGGAAUUGUAUUUCAGAGAUUGGGAGAUUACCUAACCUUGAGGUUCUUAAAUUACUCAGUAAAGCUUUUGAGGGGAAAGUGUGGGAAAUGAAAGAAGGUGAAUUCCUCAAACUGAAAUUUUUGAAGCUUGACACUCUAAGUAUUGCUGAAUGGAAAUCCUCUAGUGAUCACUUGCCACAACUUCAACACCUAAUUUUGCGAAAUUGCAGACAGCUCAAGGAGGUCCCCUCUGGUUUUGGGGACAGCUCAAGUCUCGAGAUGAUUGAGGUACAACUCUGCAUGCGCUCUGUUGAAGAGUCUGUGAGACUGCUUCAGAAGGAACAACAUGAAAUGGGGAAUGAGCUGAAGGUCCUUGUUGAUCGGUCAGACAUGGAUUUCAAUCAUCUUCCUAAUUUCUGUUGGCUGUGUGGAAAAGAGAAGUAAACCUCUCGAGGUGAAGAUAAAAAGGAAUUCUCAGCAGAUGUUGGAAAAAGGGAAUCUGGAAGAUCUUACAUCGCUGACUUCUGCUUAGACGUGCAAAAGUCUCAAAUCCCAAAGGUUUUUCCUCACAUUUGGGCAGCUAAAUGCGCUUGUAGGGAUGAUUUUUCUUGCCACUAAUAGCAUGGUUAGUGUUGAAGAUUUGGCUUUCAUAGUCAAUUCUUUAGUAUACAUCCAUUUUUUACCAAAAGUUGCCUUUCCAACUUUUUCCCCUCAACCCAAUCUCAGAAUCUUUUGGGAAAACACAGGCUUCAAAGUCUCUAUGUGAUAUCUUCUGGAAUAAUCAGUUUAGUUCUCCCACCAGAAUAUAUGCUUCAAGGUAUGUUUCGAGGAUACAAAGGGGUAUCAGGGACUCAGGGCAGCUGCAACACGUCUUUCGUCUUGCUGGUCAGAUUUUCAUGGACGGAGUGGCUUUCCAUGCCAGUUUUUGUAUUCGUGCCUGUUUUCUGCAAUUCAAGGAGGAUCUUUACUGGAAUUGGAAGAGCUCUUGCUGCCAUUAAUAUGGCCUUCUUUUGCUUCAAUUGUUUGGGGUUGUAUUGCCUGUUUUCCUCCUAAGGGUCUUCAAGAUAUAUUAUUCAUCUGGGAAUAACACUUAUUAUGUUAUGGUGGAAA